GACGGACGGUCAUCACCGAACGCGCCUAUCUCACGCCCUCACAUCCGUCACAUAAAACCCCAUCCAACCUCUACUCCCUCUUCACUUCCAACCUUCAACCUCCACAUCUUCCACACAACACCUUACCUGGAACAAACUUAGUACCCAUCAUCCCUCACCCACACACCUAAACCUCCACCUCCGCCGCCGCGCAGCAUGCUCUCAGCUCCUCGCCAGGUCCUCACCACCAUGCUCGCCACAGGCAUCAUCCUCGCCCCGCUCGCCCUCGCCACAUCGCCCGCCUUCCAAGACCUCGCAGACCUGCGAACCGUCAUCAACGCGGCAGCGGCCCAGAUCGGGGACGCAAACAAUCCGAAUCGAGGGUUUGGCUUCGGGUUCGGCGCCAGUGGACAGAUGGACACUGCAGAUCUAGUGAACAACAUCACGACGAGCAUCUUGCGGGGGAAAUUCCAGCUCGAUACGAAUCAGACAUCCUGGCUCCUCCCCCCUCCAACCACACCCCCAUCAACAAACAUCACCACCCCACCCCCACCAACCCUCCCACUGACUUCCUCCAUCCCCCUCCCCACCACCCUCCCAACAUCCCUCCCCACCCUCAACACAAACACAACCACCGACCUCUCCCCCCCCUACACAGACUACAUAUCCAGCCUCCCCAACCUCAGCGCCAGCCUAACAACACUCGGCCGCGCCUGGCACCGCGAAAUGAACAGCCCCGUGCGCGACGCCAUCGCCAGCCUGCAACAGGGCAUCUCGACGCUGCAGGUCGCCAUGCUGCAGAGCGAGCUUCUGGGGACGGCGGCCGUGCUGCGCACGAUUCGCGCUAGUGCGGCGUUGGAGAGCGCGCAGGAGGCGUGGGGUAGGUCGCUGAAUUUACCUGGACGGGGGAGUGCGGGGGCGGGGGAUGUGGUUGUGGUUGUUAGGAGGGAUGCGGAUGGGGGUGGGCAGGGGAAGAGGCCGCUUCCUGCGAAGGGGGGGUAUUAUACGCAUCAGGAGCUUUGGGGGAGGAAGUUUGUCGCGUAG